UGAAAGUCACGUGGCGCGUCCUUUCUCGAGGCAAGAUUUGCUGACCCCGAUUGAAACCUGCCUGACAACCACACAACCAACAAUAAUAAUUAAUCAGGGGCUUUCGUCCAAGCAUUAGAGCUCCCCACAAGAUGUCCGGUAGAGUCCGGCCCAUCGAGAAGUUCGCCCAAGCUGCGGCUCAAUGUUCGACUGAAGCCACAGCAUAUGGCAAAUGCGUCGUUGCCGACUACAAUUCUGUUCAAAAGGACAUGUGUGCUACAGAAUUCAUAAGGUUGAAAGAUUGCUUUUUGGCGGCGUCGAAAAAGAAGUGAAAUCGGUAUAGAUAUAAAUAAAACGAAUUUUGAUCAUAG